AUCACGAAAUCCUGAAGCUCUCAGUUUGGCAGAGAUGCUGCGGAAAGUCACAAAAACAACACAAACAUCAAAACCAGGGUAAUAGGCGGAGCUUUUUUGGCAUCAACCAAAGCGCGCGUUUUCAAAUCCAGAAGCUUUCCAAUGGAAAUUGCCUUCCUGGAGCCAGCCAAUCAAGAGAGAAAGCGGGACUCGCUAUAAAUUAGGCAGCGGGAGACUCGACCUUUCCUUAAAGGUUUCUUUCCUCGUCCUCGUUUGGCGCGAGUGGAGAGAUGGCUCGGACGAAGCAGACGGCUCGGAAGUCAACGGGCGGCAAAGCUCCCCGCAAGCAGCUGGCGACCAAGGCUGCCCGGAAGAGCGCGCCGGCUACGGGCGGCGUGAAGAAGCCUCACCGCUACCGCCCGGGCACCGUGGCCCUGCGGGAGAUCCGCCGCUACCAGAAGUCCACCGAGCUGCUGAUCCGCAAGCUGCCCUUCCAGCGGCUGGUGCGUGAAAUCGCCCAAGACUUCAAGACCGACUUGCGCUUCCAGAGCUCGGCCGUGAUGGCGCUGCAGGAGGCGAGCGAAGCGUACCUGGUGGGGCUGUUCGAGGACACGAACCUGUGCGCGAUUCACGCCAAGAGGGUGACCAUCAUGCCGAAGGACAUUCAGCUGGCGCGGCGCAUCCGCGGGGAGAGAGCUUAAGCCCAGCCGCCCUCCAGUCUCUUCGGCCUCUUUCGAAAAACAACACCAAACCCAAAGGCUCUUUUAAGAGCCGCCACCUUCGUCUCGAAAGGAGCUUGAGCCCAUUUUGUCAAACAAAUCCCGAGGCGGUUAAGGAAAUGUUGCCCCGUACCUAAAUUGCAGCACCAAAAGGGGUGAAUUUUGAAGUAUUUCUGUCCGCUUAGUUUAUUUGAAGCCCUGAUCUGGACACAAGUUUCCAUUAUAUGAAUCGCCAUUUUGGGAUCUGGAAAAUUCUGUAUUUUUGUGUGGAGAUUUAUGGCUAUCUUUGGAAGAAUUUGUUUUUUGUAGCUUUGGAAGGAGGGUUAUUUCACCUCAAUUGUGCAGGAGUCCACCAACUCCUGCAUUUGCCCAAGGGUAGUCCCGAAGUUUCUGAUCCUUCUCAGAUGAGUGAAAAAGGAGAAGUAAAUUUCUAACUUCCCGCCCAACCGUUGAGAACAAACACCAAUUCAACUUUCCCCAGGAACUCUAGAUAGUAAUUUGCAUGUAGGGGAGAGUGCCUCCUGAAUUUUGGAUAAAGAGCAAGGUAGUCACAUUCCUAGCAAUCUACAUGUUUCUGAACCCUUUGGGAACUGUGUCCCAAAGGGUUUAAACCUUAAACAUCUCAAAACCUGUUUCCAUCAAUAUUUUAAUUUGAAAUUUUAAGAUACUGCAGAUCUCUUUGUCCCAAAUGUGCUUUUUCAAGAUAACUUGUUUUCUUUUGGGGGUUUUGUUUUGUUUUUCCUUGAAGUUUUGUCCAUCCAAGAAGCUUCAUCAGUUCUGACUGGUGAAUUGGAAGGAUUUAUAUUCCUUGCAGGAAUUUACUAUAAAAUGUAUUCCCUAGGUAACUUCAAGGAGAGCCAAAUACACAACUUUUUAAAACCUG